UAUGACGGAAGAGAAGGACGUAGAGAAAGAGAAGAAGGGAAACAGGAAGUCAAAAAAGAAGGAACAGAGGAAUAAUCGCAGCACUCAGGAAACGGCUGAAAUGUACGAGCUGAAGGAGACAGGCCACACCCCUGAGCUGACGGCAGAGCAUGAUGGUAAGGAGGUUCCCUUGAAGAGGCAGACAGCGGCCAAUAGGAAGCCUCCGUUGCAGAAGAGUCAGAGUCAGGAGGCAGAAACACAGACGGUCAUUUCGGAGAACAGCCGACAGCACACCUCCUCCUCCUUCUGCUCCACUCACACCUUGAGCCUCUCCUGCUCCCCUGUGUUGGCCAACCGAAGAAUCUACACCAUCCACAGCCAAUCACAGCCUGGCGAGACUGAGACCACGUCCCCUCUCCCUCUGAUUGGCCCGUCAUUCUCCGACAUCCAGAGGGCGUUCCAGAGGAAAGAGACAGCAGAACUGAGACAGCAGAAUGCAUCAGCAAGAGGUCUGUCAGAGACAGAGCUCCAGCAACAGGAAGUGAUGAUUGAGGAUUACCUCUCCAAUGACGAAUACGAGUGUGCAUCACCUGAUGAUAUCUCCCUACCACCGCUGGCAGAGACCCCAGAGUCCAUCAUGGUUCAAUCUGACGUCGAGGAGGGUGUCUGUUUCAGUUCCCACAGCGUCCACAUCAACCAGUACAGCCACCAGUACCAUGCCCAGUCAGAACAUAUUGGGAGUAGUUCUGCUUGUGGUGCAGUUCAACAGAGAGGGCCUAGUUGCCGAACUCCUCCCUCCAACCCUCACAGCAGCACCAGGCUUCGAUCGGAGUCAGGGUUGCUUGUCCAGAGUGUGUUGACAGUUCCUGCUUCAAGCCCACUCACCAGCACUUUGUGCAGCAUCCUGAUUACUAAGGAGACCAGUAUAGCCAACGUACCCCAGAGUGCUGACCACCCCCUGGGCGCCCAUGAACCAAGUUUGCCCUCUGGAUCUAAUCCAGUCCAAAACAGCAGCACUGCAGACACUUGUUCUGACACAGACAAUAAAGUCCCUGAGAUAAAUAUACCUUUACAAAUUGGGCCCCAAAUAAAGAAACAUAAAAUUGAAUUUAAUCAACCUCAGACGACCACAGGUACCCAGGGUAAGAUCACUCCAAAUAUUGGUUCCAAAGGUGAGACCUCGCUCAAGACAGAUCCCUUUCCCCAGACAGCUGUGCUCAGUCACGGCCCAAUCAGCCCCCUGUUGCGUUUUUAUCCUCUGCAUUCUAAUGAACCAAAUCCUGAUCUCCAAAGGGACAAGACCCUUCCACAAGACACUAGGAUCCUAAAAUCCUGCAAUACUUUUUCUCAAAAGAAAACUUCCAUCUGUCAAGAAAAAAGUUUUCCACAUUCUUUCCCUGCCUCUGGGAUGGGCCUCCAUCAGGAUACAACUUCCUCCCAAACGGAGAACGAAGCAUAUCCAGUCUCCACACCAAAAAGGACACUGGAGAGUAAAAACAGCACCAGUAUCAACACCAUUUACAACCAAUCAUCCACUUCAAACAGUACUAGUACCUCGACAAAGGCUUGCAGCAGCCCCAGGUCAUCCAAAGAAAGACCAGAGAGUAAGACGCUGUCCAAGACUGAGCCCGUCCUCAGCUGUUCAUAUUCUGCUCUUUAUAAAGACAGCAACCUUCCAGGUGACAUCAAAUCCAGUGAAACCUGUGUCCACACAAGUACGACGCUUUCAAGGGACAGCAAUUGUCCACAGUCUUCCCCUGAUUUAAGGAGUAGCAUUGAUCAAGAUGUUCUUUACUCCCAGUCUAGCAAGGAGGCAUCCUCACCAUCCAUGCCCCUAAGCCGCAGCCUGAUCACAAGUACUCCAGUUAUCCAACAAACCUUUCACAGUCAGUCCUUCCCUCAAGGCAGUUAUUGCAAUAUCCCUGAGGUCCAUGACGCAAUUAUUCCACAGCCAAACUGUGUCAGCAACAUCAGUACAUCCCUCAGCACCAUCACCAGUACUAAUAGAUUCAGCAGCGAGCAGAGCCACAAGGCAGUCCACUCCAUCUGCGGGUCUACCUGUACCCAGCAGUGUGUGCAUGGCCCUGGCAUGACGCCCAGCAGCCCUGCCGAACCUGCAGCUCCUUCUCAGCCCAAAGCACACACCCUAGCUUUGGCACAGCAGGCUAAUCCGCAUGCUACCCCACUGUCCUUUCCACCUCAUCUACUAACUCCAGACCAAGACCCAAACAUUUGCCAGCCCAUGGCCAUCCGUGAGGAGAUCAAGCUAACUCCUCAGAUCCAAGGGCCUCCCCUUCCUGCUCCUCAUCCUCUCCCCGAGUCCCUGGCAGAGUCUCUUCCCCAGGGAAAAGCCUCUAAACCUGGCCCACCCUGCUUUACCAGGCCCCUGUCUAGAGCCACCGUUAUGGAGGGCUCUCCAGUGACGCUAGAGGUGGAGGUGUUGGGACACCCAGAGCCCGCACUCACCUGGUCUAAAGAACAAGAGUCGUCAGGCACUGGCCCAGGCCGAGCGCUCGCCUUGGAGGAUGGGGAACAUUUCCAAUAUAUCCCAGAGGCAUCAUACUCAGAAGAGGAGUCGUACGAGGCCCACGCUGCCAAACAUCUUGAGUCCGAGCAGUCAGCUGGAAUCAGCAGCAGCUGUGACAAGUGGCUGGUGACAGAAGUGUUUGAAAUCAUGAGUGUGGACUGGCACACCUGGUUUGGUACGCUGUGUGUUCUGUUGUGGCUGCUCUACCUGAUACUCCUCUGAUUACUCUUUUCCAUUAAAAGAACUUAAAACCUGGAACUAAAGCUUUAACCUUUAAUGCCCUGUCAAGGUGUGUUCAGACCAAAAUUAAACUUAGAGAAAUUACUGAAAAACUCAUGAAAGUCUGAGAACUGAGAUUCUCCUGAAGUUAAAAAACAAGCAUUUUAAAGUUUUCUGCUUGUCAUCUUGCAGACAGAUCUGACAAAUCAUGAAUUCAUAUGUUUUAGAUAUCAGAAUCAUGGUGUUAUUUCACCAUCUUCUCAGCCUCAAUUAUAUCUCGGACCGCCCUCCUAGAGGACCACAGCCUCUUUAUGUGUACCUUGGGAGCGCACUAACCAAUAGGCUACUGGCAUUUCAGUCAUACAGAUUUCAGCCGACAUUUAAUUGGACCCGUAAGUUAAUUUGUUACUCUGUGGAGACGGAUGGAUAGAAGCUCCACAGCUGAAACAGAACGCCAUCAGAGAAAUCCUGGUUCUGAUCCAAGCUAACAAGUCAUCAAAAUGAGACCUGGUACUGAUGCUAGCUAACAGGUCAUCACACUGGGACCUGGUACUGAUCCUAGCUAACUGGUCAUCAAACUGGGACCUGGCACUGAUGCUAGUUAACAGGCCAUCAAACUGGGACCUGGUACUGAUCCUAGCUAACAGGUCAUCAGACUGGGACCUGGUAUUGCACUUCAGUCUGUUUUAUUACAGCAGCAUCUAGUGGACGGUAGAGGAACUGCAACUGUAUGUGCUCCCAUUUCUGAUUUAUUAUAUGUAAAAAUAAAGUACUGAUUAGGAUUAAUUAUAUUUAUUUGCAAUGUCAAAAAACAUGAAUUAACAAUAAAAUGAAAUAUUGAAUUUGAUCCUAAACAUAACCUGAAGUUAUUCUUCAUCAAUGUGAAAGCUUUGGUUGUGUAAUCAGGGGGUUUCUUCCGUGUUCUUGUAAAAGGUUGAUGAAAUAUUUGAUUUGAAUGCCAAUGACAUUCACCCCAAAUGUAUUUUGAUUCUAAAAAAAACAAUGAAUAUUAUGGGUUUAGGGAAUCAAUUAAUUACUAAUGGCUUUCUUCAGCGUCCCUCUUCUUUGUAGUAUUUGGAAAAUUAAAGAAGUAGAUAUUUUGAAAUGACGGUAAUGAAAACAACAUUCAGACCCUAAUCUGAAGGUUUACUUUAAAUGUCUCAUCUUGUUCGGAUUAUUUUGAAUAUACUUUCAACGUGUUUUUCUCUGAAAUAAAAUAAAUUAAUCAGUCGU